AUGGCGGCAGAUCUGGGGAGCUCCUCGGUCGACCCCACGACCCUCUACACCAAGCAAGAAUGCAUAGGUGGUGGUAGCUUCGGCAGGGUCUACAAGGGCGUAGACCGCAGGACUGGGCACACCGUCGCUAUCAAGGUCAUCGACGUUGAGAACGCAGAGGACGAAGUGGACGACAUCAUGGGCGAGAUCAUGAUCCUGUCCGGUCUGAACUCCCAGUUCGUCACAAAGUACUACGGUUCCUACCUCCACGGCUCGGACCUGUGGAUAGUCAUGGAAUUCUGCUCCGGCGGAAGCUGCGCCGAUCUGAUGAAGCCGGGUCCGCUGGCCGAGGCCGAGAUCGCCAUCAUGCUGAAGGAACUGCUCAUGGGCCUGACCUAUCUGCACGAGGACCACAAGCUGCACCGGGACAUCAAAGCUGCCAACAUCCUUGUCAGCGCGAGCGGCCAGGUCAAGCUCGCAGACUUUGGCGUUUCUGGCCAGCUCUCCGCAACCAUGACCAAGAAGAACACGUUCGUAGGUACCCCCUUCUGGAUGGCGCCUGAGGUGAUUAAGCAAUCUGGCUACGACGGCAAGGCGGACAUCUGGUCUCUCGGCAUCACCGCGCUGGAGCUGGCCAACGGCGAGCCUCCGUAUGCCGACAUUCAUCCCAUGAAGGUUCUCUUCCUGAUCCCAAAGAACCCGCCGCCCAUCCUGGAAGGCAACUUCUCCUCCUCGUUCAAAGACUUCGUCCAGCUGUGCCUGCGGAAAGACCCCAAGGAGCGUCCGACUGCGAAGCAACUUUUACAGACGGCCUUCAUCAAGAAAGCGGGAAAGCCCGCUCGCCUCCAGGAACUCAUCACGAGAUACCAGGACUGGAAAGUCAGGCACCCAAAGGAGGCUGCCGAAGAGGAUGACGAGGAUAUGCCGGUGCGGAGGGAGCCCGUCAAUGAAGAUCUGUGGGAUUUUGGUACCAUCAGACCCGCUGCGGGUGGCAGGGGCCCAGCGCUGGCGCCGUUGAACAGCGCCGGCGCCAACGCGCGCAACCCGUCUCCUCAAAGAAAGCCUGUGCCGUUACAACGUGGUGGCCAUGUUGACGAGAACGACGAUACAAUUCGAGCGAGUCCGCCACCAUCACCCACCAAACGUCUGGCCCCGCUAUGGACGGGCGCAUCACCGACGACCUCGUUAAACACCGCUUCAAGGGUUCCUCUACCGCCUUCGCCUGACAAGAAGGACGCACCUGUUUUCCCACCACCCAAACAGGAACCGUCACGCAUGUCGCCUGUGCCCAAUGUCUUCUCGCCACCUCAAAACCGUGGCUUAUCCACUCCAACGAAACCAUCACAUCCCCAGGGACCACGUCGGCAGACUCCCCUCGCACACGCCUACGACGAGUACAUGCAGCGAUCGAUCGCCGAAGACAUGGCAGGCUUGGAUAUCACACCACAGCAGCGUAACCCUACGCCCAGAGGCUCCGUCCUCCCCAUGUCCAUCUCCGAGAUUCCUCCUUUUCGAGGUCCCAGCUCGAGGGGAAGCACACCAACAUCGGCGCAGCCGAGACCACUGCCCAGUCCCGCGCUGCCUACCAGCCACCAGCUGCCCUUCCUGCAGGCCCAGAAGCCCUUGCCGCCGUUGGUAGGCCAGCAACCGUUACCAGCGCUUACGGGCCAGAAGCCUCUCCCGUCACCGCAACAGGCAUUUGCUCCGGUCAGCUCUGCCAAAACAGCACGCCCUGAUUCGGGGUCAUCGAGCGACCUAUUUGGUGGGCCACUCAUUGGAGACUGGGGACAGAAAGCAGCACCUCCGCCACCGCUUCACCAAAAUGGCAAUCUGGCACCGCUGAAUGGUAGCUUAUCACCUCCUCCCGCCAAAUCUGCACACGCUCGUAACUCGUUUGGCCGGAUAAAGCCCCAGCCCACGGACCUUGCUUUUCUGCCUCCAGCUUCCCACCAACCGGCAGAGAUCACCGCUCUCACAGGCGUGGUCGUUCCAGCGCUCGAGGCAGCACUGUCUCGUCGAACCUACCAUCUCAACCUUCUCAACAAGCAGGACGCUGCCUCGGUACAAGCCGGGCGGGAUCCUGAUUCGUACCUGCGGAGGAAGAAGGAGCGACAGGACUGCCACGAUCAUGUGAAGAGGCUUGUGAGUCGAAUCACGGACCAAUUCAAGGAACUCGAUCAGUGGGAUGAGAAGGGGGAAGUAGGCAUGGGUGGCGAGGUGGCCGGAUUUCUCGAGGGGUUCUUGGAGGAAAUCCUGGUUAGGGUCGAGCCGGCUGAUGAUUGA